AUGAGCGACAGAAAAUCACGCCGGCAAUACUAUCAGCAGCCGGUUCUGCGUUUAGCUUUUACUAUGUUAAUAAUACUUUGUCGUAAAAAUAUCGUGGUAAAUAGCGUUGAACUUACAUUCGAAUUGCCAGACAACGCAAGGCAAUGUUUUCAUGAGGAGGUGAUAAAGAAUCAGACGGUGACGCUGGAGUUUCAGGUUGUUAACGGUGGAAGGUACGACGUCGAUGUAACGCUGGAGAACCCCACUAGCGAAGUUAUCUAUCGGCAGAUAAAAAGUCAAUUCGAUUCCUAUCAUUUCAACGCUGCGGCCACCGGUGUUUAUACUGCAUGUUUCAGCAAUGAGUUCUCUACCUUCUCACAUAAAAUCGUGUAUAUGGACUUCCAAGUGGGCAAGGAACAGCCACUACCCGGUAUCGAGGAUCAUACGACGGUGCUGACGCAGCUGGAAUCGUCGGCCCAAGACAUCCAUAUAAGGCUGAAUGCUAUUCUAGACUAUCAAACCCAUCAUCGGCUAAGAGAAGCACAAGGGAGGAAGCGAGCUGAAGAUCUGAAUGAACGUGUUUUGUUGUGGUCACUGGCAGAGACGGUCUCUAUCCUGCUGAUAGCCAUCGGGCAGGUGCUGGUGUUGAGAAACUUUUUCACGGAAAAGAAACCUAGCCAGAUGAAUUAUCGUCUAGUGAAGUAA